AUGGUCGCACGGCUCCAGAGCUCCGUGCCAUCGCAAGCUAUUACCCAAUUAAUCUGCAAUUUUGCUUUGCCAAACCACCCAGAGAAACAAGCUAUCGACUUACUACACAACAUGGGUCGAAAAAGCAAGCAGAUAAAGCCUGACAAGACUCGGCCAAACCACGACAUCGGUGUGUUGCUAAGACAGGCACAAAUGGCCGUCGGGCCCAAAAUGGCCGACUACCCUGAGGCCUACUCCGAUCUGUCAGAUGAACUGUCGCUGGACGACGAUGAACCUGUACUACCGGCUGGACCGGCUCCCGCCGCAAUUAAGGGCGGCCCAGAGCCAGACCCAGUGACAACAGCAGUGCUUAAAAGUCUACUAGCUGAACUGCAACACAACAUACAGGCUGAUGUGGCAACCCUACGCGCUGAUCUCCGGGGCCUGACUAACCGAAUCGGACAGGUGGAAGUCACAGCAGGGGAACAAGCCCAACAAAUUGCCAACAUGCAACAAACAAUUCUGGGACUCCAGAAACAAAACGAGAUACACAACGCUAAAUUUGCAAUGAUGGAAGACAUGCGCCGAAAAAAUAAUAUGAAAAUCAGGGGUGUCCUAGAAACCAUUUCAACGGACGAACUACCCCACAUGUUAAGACGCCUCACAAUGGCGCUACUCCCCCCGCGACAGGCCAAAGCCAUAACUAUGGAGGACUGUUUCCGGAUACCGAAGGCACCGAAAGCCCCCACCGAAGCACCGAGAGACAUAAUAGUUAAUUUCCGCACUGGCAGAGACAAAGCGACACUUCUCAAGGCCAUCAAAGACCAAGACCCCUACAACUUCGAGGGUAUGCAACUUACCUUUUACCCAGAUCUCUCGGGGGGCACCUUGGCAUGGCGGAGGUCCUUCAAACAGUUUACCGCUCUCCUCCGACAGAAAGGGAUACCGUACCAAUGGCGUCUAUCACGCACUCUCCUGAUCCUCCAAGGCGAGACCCGGCACGCAGUCAGCGACGUCAUGGAAGCAAAGGCUUUACUGCCCACCCUGGGACUCCCGAUGGACUCAAUGCCCCCAAACGGCCUUCAGAGAACCGAUUCCAAGAAUCACCGCUGGGACCUGGCGAAAGGACAAUGUGAGUUUGACGAAGUCGCCAUUUACUUUUCGGAGGAUGAAUGGUGCUGUUUAACAGAAGACAAUAAACAGCUUUACAUGGACGUGAUGAUGGAGAAUUACCUGACCCUCAGAUUUCUAGGUUGUAUCAGUGUGACACCUCCAAUUGUAUCGGCUAUCGAGCAACGAAUACAACCACAUGUGAGUUAUGUCCAACAAUUCAAGAAGGAAUGGAUUACAAAUACUGACACAGAGGAUGUACCCCUAAGUACUACACAUAAUGGAUUUCCUAUCACUGUUAUUUUACCAGAUUGGGUGAACGAUGAUAGCCUAGACAUCCAUGGAAAAGGGUACAUUGUUCUAAACAAACCACUAAAGAAUCCAGGCAAAUCAGUUAGAAAUACCCAACAGGAAUCUGCCUUGUGUGAAGAAGGAAAUCUUCCAGAAAACGUUAUAUGGACCCCCACAGAACAUGCACAGACUGGAGAAAUUAGAUUUAAUAAUGAAGACAACGUUAUAAAGAAUAACAAACGGAUUGAAACUGAAGCCAUAUCAGUAAUUAAGUGCAGUGAACAUGCCAAUAAAUCAAAUAAUAAACUAAACACCCAAACUACAAAGGAAUUGUACAAGUGCUCGAAAUGUAAGGAACGUUUUAACUUUAAGUCUGAUCUUUUUGAACAUCACCAGAAGGUCCACCAAAAGGAGAAACGGUACUCGUGUGCUGAAUGUGGGAAAUGUUUUGCCUUUGCUACACUUUUACGUAGACAUCAAAGGAUUCACACAGGAGAAAAACCAUUUUCAUGUUCUCAAUGUGGGAAAUCUUUUAACCGUUCUUCAAAUCUAAUUAGACAUCAGAGUCUUCACACAGAAGAGAAGCCAUAUUCAUGUUCUGAAUGUAGGAAAGGUUUUACCCGUUCUUCAGAUCUUUAUAGACAUCAGAGGACUCACACUGGUCAACCAUUUUCAUGUUCUGAGUGCGGGAAAUGUUUUACUCUUAAGUCAAACCUUAAUGAGCAUCAGAAAAUCCAUACAGCCGACAAGCUAUUCUGUGAAAAAUGUGGGAAAUGUUUUAUGCGUCCUUCUGACUUUACUGUGCAUCAGAAGACUCAUACAGGAGAAAAAACAUUUUUAUGUUCUGAAUGUGGGAAAUGUUUUGCCUUUGCCACGCUUUUACGUAGACAUCAGAGGAUUCACACAGGAGAGAAACCAUUUUCAUGUUCUGAGUGUGGGAAAUCUUUUAACCGUUCCUCACACCUUGUUAGACAUCAGAGACUUCACACGGGAGAGAAGCCGUAUUCAUGUUUGCAAUGUGGGAAACGGUUUAUCAGUUCCUCAGAUCUUUAUAGACAUCAGAAAAUUCACAUAGGUGAACCAUUUUCAUGUUCUGAAUGUGGCAAAUGCUUUUCACGUUCUUCACACCUUGUUAGGCAUAAGAAGACUCACAUAGGGGAUAAAACAUCUUCUUUGGACUCUCCUCCUGCUGUUCCCCACAGAAAGCAUUUAACAUACCUGAGCAUAUAUGGACACCCAACUCUAUCAGCUCAACGCUCUGCUGCUCCCUGUUUACGUUGGUGUGCCUCAUGCUGCAGGAUUCAACGCCAUGUUAUAUCCAAUACUUUAUGGAUCAUAAACCGGGAGAAAAUGGAGCUGAUGGAGAAGAUGACGAGUCCCACGUCUAAGAUGGACCGCCAGUUCAGUGGGCAGGGACAAUAUGCGUUUGACGAAGUCGCCAUUUACUUCUCGGAGGACGAAUGGGUCUGUUUAACAGAAGACGAUAAAGAGCUUUACGUGGGCGUGAUGAUGGACAAUUAUCAGAACCUCUGGUCUCUAGGUUGGAUUGAUAGGACACCUCCGGUUAUAUCCGCUAUCGAACAAAGAGAAGAGCCGUAUGUGAGUUAUCGCCGACAGUUCAAGAAGGAAUGGCCUAUAAAUACUGGCACAGAGAAUGGAUCCUUAGGAACUACACAAGAUGGAUUUUUAAACUCUGUUAUUUUACCAGAUUCAAUGAACAACGAUGGCAUAGACAUUCAGGAAAAGUGUUACUUUGUUCUAAACAAACCAUUUAAAAAUCUUUGCAAAUCUGAGGAGAAUGUUCUACAAGAAUCUGCUUUGUGUGACGAAGAAAAUCUCACAGACAACGUUACAUGGACACUCAUGGAACAUGCACAUGCUGGGGUAGUGAGGUCCAAUUAUGAAAACUGUGUAACGAAGAGUAACGCACAGAUUAAUACUGGUGUUUCAGUUUUUAAGUGCAGUGAACACGAUACUAAUAAGCAAAUUACCAAAGCUGCAAGGAAAUUGUACAAGUGCUCUAAGUGCAAGGAAUGUUUUAAGCUUAGGUCAUCUCUUUUUGAACAUCAUCAGAAAGUCCACAGAAAGGAAAAACCAUUCUCGUGUGCUGAAUGUGGAAAAAGUUUUGUAUUUGCCACUCGUUUACGUAAACAUGAGAAGGUUCACAGUAGAAAGAAGCCAUUUUCCUGUACGGAAUGUGGGAAAUCGUUUACACGUUACUCGCACCUUGUCUUGCAUGAAAGGAUUCACACUGGAGAUAAACCGUUCUCAUGUCCUGAAUGCCAGAAGUGUUUCGCUUCUAAGUAUAGUCUUAACUCACAUAAAAAACUCCACAUGAGUGAAAAACCAUACACCUGUUUAGAAUGUGGAAAAUCUUUUCUUCAUUCUUCACAAUUUAUUAGUCACUGCAAUACUCACACAGGUGAGAGGCCAUUUUGUUGCUCUGAAUGUGGGAAGUGUUUUACCAGUUCCACAUAUCUUUCAAAGCAUCAGAAGACUCACUCAGUCGAGAAACCUUUUUCUUGUUCUAAAUGUGGUAAAGCAUUUACUUGUUACUCAUAUCUUGUAAACCACGAGAAGGUGCACACAGGAGAGAAAGCAUUUUCUUGCACAGAAUGUGGUAAAUGUUUUACAAGGAAAGCAUACCUUGACACACAUGAACUGUCUCACACAGGAGUGAAACCAUUCCCGUGUUCUGAGUGCGAGAAAUGUUUUUCUCACGAGUCAAGUCUUCGUGUGCAUCAGAGAAUUCAUACAGGAGAGAAACUAUUGUCAUGUACAGAGUGUGGGAAAUGUUUCACACGCAGCUCAGAUUUUGUAAAACACCAGUGGUCUCACAAUGGACAAAGUCCAUUUUGUUGCUCUGAAUGUGGGAAAAGUUUUAAGUAUUCUUCUCAUCUCAUUGAACAUCAGAUGAUUCACACAGGAGAGAAGCCGUUUUUAUGUACUGAAUGUGGAAGGUGUUUUACUCGUUCCAGCCACCUUGCAAGGCAUCGAAAAGUGCACACAGGAGAGAAGCCAUUUUCUUGUGCUGAAUGUGGGAAGCGUUUUGCUUGUAAAGGUAAUCUUACUGUACACCAGGUGACCCACAAAGAAAGGAAGCGAUACUUCUGCCCUCAGUGCGGAGAAGGUUUUAUGAGAGAAUCUCAUCUUGUGGAACAUCAGCAGACUCACGUGGUUUAAACCUGUUCUGGUGCUCUAAGUGGGUUAAUUAAAGUCUUGCAGAGAAAACAAUUGGGUUUCAUUUUAAAUAAGUCACAGUGCCUUUUAUCACUUAUGGUGGCUUUGCCCUAACAUUGACACUUGCUGGUCUCACAUGGCCAACUUACCCUCCACGUUUUUCAGAAACCUGUUUAUCUUGGCCCUUCGGUGUUUCUCAUUUCUUUGCCUUAAUAUGGCUUAACAAAAAAACAAAACAAAAAACACCUUACAAAUUGAAGGUAGCUGAUAUAAGUCUCUCUACGACUCAUCUGAGUGACUAAAGCAUAGAUCAAUACUAUUACUUUGUGGAAAAUUGUCAGCCUAUGUCUUCACCGAAACCGAUCAAUCUGUCCAAAAUCUUUGAUGGAUUGAUUCAUUAUGGUGAAGAUUAACCGGCAUUUAAUUUGUUUGUAUUAGCUGAAACAGAUUUGCAGACAAGUCUAAAGUCCACCAUGUGGGGGAAGCAUUCGGUAAAUGAUGUGAACCAUCGAAAUUGUAUGUUAAUGACUGAGGGAUGGUAGUGUGCUUUAAGGACGUUAGCAAGCUCUCCCUUCUUAUAUUUUUCUUCCUGAAAUAGGAUAGUUUUUGUUUUUUUGUCAUAAUUAUGAAAACUGACACACAGUGAUUCUACAUUCUUGCUUUUUUUUUUAUAUACACUGUCUAUUAUAAAGAAUAAAAGAAAAUACAUAAAAUUUGCAUUGCAUUAAUGGGAAUCUUGCAAGUAUGGGUGAAACUAUCGGAGUUGCAAGAAUGCAAACUAAUUUACAACUUGGAAAUCAAUCUCACACAUUUCACGGUUUAGCAAGCAAACAAUAUUCUUUUUAAGGGACCAGCAAAACCAUAACUCCUUAAAAAUGAAAAGAGUUAAGCGCAUUAGGAGAAACAAAUGUUAGAGUAGGGGCUGCAGUUAACAGAUAGGGAGACCUAAUAACCUAUUAUACAAUAAAAGAUAAUUAACUGCACAUCCUAAAAAUGAUACAAAUUUUUGUAAUUAAAAA